CUCCCCCCAAUUUCCACCGCGGCCAAUUCAUGGACAGGAACUACCCCAGCGCCGGCUUCGGGGACCCGCUCGGCGCCGGGGCGGGAUGGAGUUACGAGAGGUCAGCGAAAGCUAGCUUGGUCUAUGGCAGCUCCAGGACCUCGCACCCCGAGACGGACAUCUUACACCGCCAGGCCUACGCGGCCCCCCACCCACUGCAAAGCUAUGCCACCAACCACCACCCGGCAGGCCUCUCUGGACUCUUUGACACUGGCCUCCAUCACGCGGGCUCAGCAGGGCCCGACGCCUCCGUCAUGAACCUCAUCUCGGCCCUGGAGUCCCGGGGCCCCCAGCCUGGCCCUUCUGCCUCUUCUCUCCUCUCCCAGUUCCGCAGCCCUUCCUGGCAAACAGCCAUGCACACGCCAGGCCCCACGGAGCUCUUCAUCUCAGGCGCCCUGCCGGGUUCCAGCACCUUCCCAUCUUCUUCUGCCCUGUCGGCCUACCAGCACCCAGCUUCCUUUGGCAGCCGCCCCUUCCCGGUGCCCUCAUCCCUUAGCCUCCAGGACCCCCCAUUCAGCCCCCCGGCUAACGGGCUCCUGUCCCCUCAUGAUGUGCUGCACCUGAAGCCCUCGCAGGCACCCACGGUGCCCUCCUCGCUAGGCUUUGAGCGCCUGGCGGGGGGUGGUGUCCUGGGGCCCGCUGGUCUUGGCCCAGCCCAGACCCCUCCUUACCGCCCUGGCCCCCCAGACCCACCCCCACCUCCUCGACAUCUCCCAACUCAAUUCAACCUGCUGGCUUCCUCUUCUGCUGCUGCCGCCGCUGCCGAACAAUCCUCCCCACAGCUCUAUAACUUCUCGGGAGCUGCUCCGGGCCCCCCACCACCUGAGCGGGCCCUGCCCCGCCAGGACACGGUCAUCAAGCACUACCAGCGGCCAGCCAGUGCCCAGCCCCCACCACCCCCGCCACCAGCCCAUGCCCUCCAGCACUACCUGAGCUGUGGAGGCAGCUACCCCUCCAUGGGUCACCGGGCCAACCUGGCCUGCAGCCCCCUGGGCGGUGGGGAACCUUCCCCAGGCGCUGGUGAGCCUAGCAAGGCUGGGCCCAGUGGAGCCACUGCUGGGGCUUCUGGCCGGGCUGCUGGCCCUGAGGCGACCGGUGGAGGUGGGGCGGGCGGCGGUGGUGGAGGUUACCGCCCCAUCAUUCAGUCGCCUGGUUAUAAGACGGGCAAAGGCGGUUAUGGAGCCGCCGCAGGUGGUGCCACUAGGCCCCCACCACCCCGCUCGACCGCCACCCCCAAAUGCCAGAGCCUGGGCGGGCCAGGGGCAGCCUAUGCCACCGGAAAGGCCUCCGGGGCUGGUGGAGCAGGAGGCCAGGCCUAUUCCCCAGGUCAGCCCCAAGGGCUUCUGGGACCCCAGGCUUAUGGGCAAGGGUUUGGAGGCGGUCAAGCACAGGACUUGAGCAAAGGCCCCAGCUACUCUGGGGGCCCCCCACAACCUCCCAGUGGCCCCCCGCCUCCUGGUCUAGCCACGUGUCAGAGCUACUCCCCAGACCAGCUACAGGGGCAGCUGUAUGGGGUGCAAGGUGAGCCCUAUCCAGGACCAGCUGCCCACUCCCAGGGGCUUCCCACUGCCAGCCCCUCCCUCAGCUAUAGUACCGGCCAUUCCCCUGCGCUCUCGGGCCACGGAGGUGGCUGGGGGCCCAGCUCCCUGGGGGGCGGUGGAGAGGCCAGCCCUUCCCACAUCAUCCGACCCCUGCAGUCCCCACCAGCUCCCGGUCGCCCACCUGGUGUCGGCUCUCCGGGAGCCCCCGGCAAAUACCUGAGCUCUGUUCUGGCCUCAGCCCCGUUCCUGGCGCCCCCGGGAGCCGGCAGCUAUGCAGCCGGAGCAGGUGGCUACAAGGGCAAGGGGGACGGCUCGGAGCUGCUGGCGGGCCCCGGCGGGCCUCCAGCCGAGCGCACGGAGGAUGAGGAGUUCCUCAUCCAGCACCUCCUCCAGGCGCCCAGCCCCCCUCGGACCUCAGGGGCGGACGGUUUGGUGGGCGAAGAUGGGGCGGCUGACGGCUCCAAGGGACUUGGGGGGAAUGGCGGGGCUGGGGGCCCUCCCGGCACACCCUAUGAGCUGGCCAAGGAAGACCCCCAGAGGUACCAUCUGCAGAGUGUCAUCCGUACCAGUGCCAGCCUGGAUGAGGGUGCCACGGCCGCCCUGGAGCUGGGCCUGGGGAGGCUGAAGGAGAAGAAAAAAGGGCCAGAACGGGGUGGCGAGACCCCCGAGGGGCUGGCCACAUCAGUUGUCCACUAUGGGGCAGGUGCCAAGGAGUUGGGGGCCUUCCUGCAAAAGAGCCCGCCCCCGCCACCUCCCACUGCCCAGCCCGCCCAGCCCACCCCCCACAGUCUCCUCCUGGAGGCCGGGGGCCCUGAUCUCCCACUGGUGCUGCCUCCACCUCCCCCCCAGCUGCUCCCCUCUGUGCUCAGCCACGCGCCCAGCCCCUCUCCCAGCGCCCCCAAAGUUGGCGUCCAUCUCCUUGAGCCAGCCCCCCGGGACGGGGCCUCCCAGCCGCCCCCUCCGCCGCCCCCGCCUCCGCCACCCAUGCCCCUCCAGCUUGAGGCCCACCUCCGCAGCCACGGUCUGGAGCCCGGCGCCCCCAGUCCCCGCCUGCGACCCGAGGAGAGCCUGGAGCCACCUGGUGCCAUGCAGGAACUGCUCGGCGCCUUGGAGCCGCUGCCCCGGCCCGGGGACACCGGCGUGGGGCCACCUAAUGCCGAGGGCAAGGACCCCUCUGGUGCCUACCGCAGCCCCAGCCCACAAGGCACCAAGGCUCCCCGCUUCGUGCCACUCACGUCCAUCUGCUUCCCUGACUCCUUGCUCCAAGAUGAGGAGCGCAGCUUCUUCCCCACCAUGGAAGAGAUGUUCGGUGGAGGGGCAGCGGACGACUACGGCAAGGCCGGGCCACCGGAGGACGAGGGGGAUCCCAAGGCUGGGGCCGGACCGCCUCCGGGACCCCCGGCCUACGAUCCCUACGGGGCCUACUGCCCCGGUCGGCCGUCUGGAGCUGGGCCGGAGACCCCGGGCCUGGGCCUGGACCCCAACAAGCCGCCUGAGCUGCCCUCCACGGUCAACGCCGAGCCUCUGGGCCUGAUCCAGAGUGGGCCGCACCAGGCGGCUCCGCCGCCCCCGCCGCCGCCACCCCCGCCUGCCUCGGAGCCCAAGGGAGGCCUGACCUCGCCCAUCUUCUGCUCUACCAAGCCAAAGAAGCUGCUCAAAACAUCCUCCUUCCACCUGCUGAGGCGCCGCGACCCGCCCUUCCAGACGCCCAAGAAGCUGUACGCUCAGGAGUACGAGUUCGAGGCGGACGAGGACAAGGCCGACGUGCCGGCCGACAUCCGCCUCAACCCCCGGCGCCUGCCCGACUUGGUGUCCAGCUGCCGCUCCCGCCCGGCCCUCUCGCCGCUAGGUGACAUCGACUUCUGCCCGCCCAACCCGGGUCCCGAUGGGCCCCGGCGCCGCGGCCGCAAGCCCACCAAGGCCAAGCGUGAUGGCCCUCCCCGGCCUCGGGGGAGGCCCCGGAUCCGCCCGCUGGAGGUCCCCACCAGCGCUGGGCCGGCCUCCGCCUCCACGCCAGCUGAUGGGGCCAAGAAACCCCGGGGCCGAGGACGAGGCCGGGGCCGGAAGGUCGAGGAGGCCGGGGGCAACCGCCUGGAGCCGCUGAAGCCGCUAAAGAUCAAGCUCUCUGUGCCCAAGGCUGGUGAGGGUCUGGGAGUCUCGUCAGGCGAUAUCGUAUCGGGCGCCGACCACAACAGUCUGGACUCGAGCCUGACUCGGGAGAAGAUCGAGGCCAAGAUCAAGGAGGUAGAGGAGAAGCAGCCGGAGAUGAAGUCAGGCUUCAUGGCCUCCUUCCUGGACUUCCUCAAGUCAGGCAAGCGCCACCCGCCACUCUACCAGGCCGGCCUGACGCCUCCACUCAGCCCCCCUAAGACUGUGCCACCCACCGUGCCGGCCAGAGGUCUGCAGCCCCAGCCCCCCACAGCCCCCACCGUGCCGCACCCCCCUCCUGCCGGUGCCUUCGGGCUAGGGGGCGCGCUGGAGGCGGCUGAGAGCGAGGGGCUGGGGCUGGGCUGCCCUUCACCCUGUAAACGGCUGGAUGAGGAGCUGAAACGCAACCUGGAGACCCUGCCCUCUUUUUCCUCGGAUGAGGAAGACUCUGUCGCCAAGAACCGGGACCUGCAGGAGAGCAUCUCCUCUGCCAUCUCUGCCCUGGACGACCCACCCCUGGCUGGGCCUAAGGACACCUCCCCGCCAGACGGGCCCCCCUUGGCCACGGAGGCUGCAGUCCCGGGGCCACCCCCUCUCCCGGGGCUCCCCAGUGCCAGCAGCAAUGGCACACCUGAGCCCCCGCUGCUGGAGGAGAAGCCUCCUCCCUCGCCGCCUCCCGCUCCGACGCCGCAGCCGCCCCCUCCGCCCGCGCCGCCCGCCCUGCCCUCGCCGCCCCCGCUGGUGGCCCCAGCGCCCGCCUCUCCAGCCCCGCCGCCCCCGGCCCCCCCGCCGCCCCCCGCCCUGCCCUCGCCGCCCGCCCCGCCACCCCUGCCAGCUGCCACCGCCGCGGCCCCGCCCGCCGCGGCCCCGGAGGAGCCCGCCGCCCCCUCCCCCGAGGACCCCGAGCCGCCGGACGCCCGGCCCCUGCACCUGGCCAAGAAGCAGGAGACGGCGGCCCUGUGCGGGGAGACGGACGAGGAGGCCGGCGAGAGCGGCGGGGAGGGCAUCUUCCGCGAGCGGGACGAGUUCGUGAUCCGCGCCGAGGACAUCCCGUCCCUCAAGCUGGCAUUGCAGACGGGGCGUGAGCCCCCACCCAUCUGGCGAGUCCAGAAGGCCCUGCUGCAGAAAUUCACUCCAGAGAUCAAGGAUGGGCAGCGGCAGUUUUGUGCCACCAGUAAUUACUUGGGGUAUUUUGGGGACGCAAAAAACCGGUACCAGCGCCUUUAUGUAAAGUUCUUGGAAAACGUCAACAAGAAGGAUUACGUGAGGGUCUGUGCUCGAAAACCCUGGCACCGGCCCCCAGUGCCUGUCAGACGCUCUGGGCAGGCCAAGGGCCCUGCAGCUGUGGGGGGCAGCUCUGCCCCUCCCCCGAAGACCCCAGCACCCCCUCCUAAGCCUGAGACCCCUGAAAAGACCACAUCUGAAAAGCCCCCAGAACAGAUGCCUGAGACAGCGGUGCCUGAGCCUCCUGCGCCUGAGAAACCGUCCCCGCCGAGACCUGUCGAGAAGGAAAAGGACAAGGAGCGGGUGACGCGUGGGGAGCGUCCGCUGCGGGGCGAGCGGGGCGCAGGCGGGCGGCAGACACGGCCCGAGAGGAGCCUCACCGCGGGGCAGCCCGCCGCGUCCCGGCUGCCCAAGGCCCGGCCCACCAAGGUGAAGGCUGAGCCGCCUCCUAAGAAGAGGAAGAAGUGGUUGAAAGAGGCAGCAGGCAAUGCCUUGGGGGGUGGGGCCCCCCCAGGGAGCUCCUCGGACUCAGAGUCAUCUCCCGGAGCACCCAGUGAGGACGAGCGGGCAGUACCCGGGCGUCUGCUGAAGACACGGGCGAUGCGGGAGAUGUACCGGAGCUAUGUGGAGAUGUUGGUGAGCACAGCACUCGACCCUGACAUGAUCCAGGCCCUGGAGGAUACACAUGAUGAGCUGUACCUCCCACCCAUGCGGAAGAUCGACGGCCUCCUAAAUGAGCACAAGAAGAAAGUCCUGAAGCGGCUGUCGCUGAGCCCAGCUCUGCAGGACGCUCUGCACACGUUCCCCCAGCUGCAGGUGGAGCAGAGUGGGGAGGGCUCCCCCGAGGAUGGGGCCGUGCGGCUGCGGCCAGCCGGGGAACCCUACAACCGUAAGACGCUCAGCAAGCUCAAGAGGAGCGUGGUCCGAGCCCAGGAGUUCAAGGUUGAGCUGGACAAGUCGGGAUACUACACGCUCUACCACUCCCUCCACCACUAUAAGUACCACACCUUCCUGCGCUGCCGAGAUCAGACCCUGGCCAUCGAGGGCGGCGCUGAGGACCUGGGCCAGGAGGAGGUGGUCCAGCAGUGCAUGCGGAAUCAGCCGUGGCUGGAACAGCUCUUCGACUCCUUCAGCGACCUGCUGGCCCAAGCACAGGCCCACAGCCGCUGCGGGUGACCCCACUCAGCCUGGGGGACCACUGCCUCCAUGAACCGAGAAUUGGGACAGAACUGUGUCCUCAGGCGCUAUCCCCUGGGCCCUGGGCCUGGGAAGGGGGGGGUGUCAUUGGUCAGGGUGUGUCCAUGCUGCCCCCACAGGGCAGAGUUCAAAGGUCGACUCCCCCCUCUCCUGAGCCCUCUCCACUCCCUUCCCGGUCCUCCCACUGUCCUGUGUACAGAGAAAUUAUUUAUAUAUAUGUAUAAAUGUCUAUUUAGUAACGGUUUCCCUCCCCCCGCCCAAUCCCCCCCUCCACGGCCAUAGCCCCAGCCCCCUCCACCUUGUACAUAAUGUAUAGGAAAAGUCUAUGUAUGGUUGAGGGGGGGGCGGCUUCAGAGAGCUGGGGGUCCCCCUCCCCCCAAGUCCCUCCUCCAGGCCAAGAUCUUUGCUAAAGGCCAUUCCCUCCCCAGGGCAUUCAGCAUCGGGUGGGAGGGGGAAAACGCAUCUUGUUAAUUAUUUUUAAUCUUAUUUAUUGUACAUACCUGGGGCGGGGGCAGGGGAGGUGGAGGGGGGAGAAAGGUCCCCUCCUGUUGCCCCUCCUUUUCUACUGCGAUUUGUCUGUGUCUGCCCCCCACCCCAGACCCUCCCCUUGUUGUCUGGAUGUGGUUCUAUUUUUUAUGGGUCUCCUUUCCCCUCCUCUCUAACCCACUCUGCUCCCCCCCGCCCCGCCUCCGACCCCUACCUCCCCCCUCGUCUCUCGCUCUUUCUUGGGCUUCUGUACAACUCAACUUGUAUACACCGUGUACACACAACCAGCCAAACGAAAACCCAACGGCAAACACUUUACCGGCCGGCUGCAGUGCCUCUGUCCUGCGCGCGGGGCGGGGCUGGGCAGAGGGGCUGGGCUCCCGGUGUCCGUUGGUCUCACAAAUUGGCCCGGUCUGAAAUGUCGUGACUUCACAGACAUAUCGCACGGUUUGGGAGGAUCAGGAAUCGGGGCGCAGGCUAGCUGGGCUGUGCAGUCAGGUCAGCGGCCUGAUGAGUCGGUGUCGAGGAUUCCAGUGUUGACUUGCUGUGCUUAGAAGGUGACUCCGAUGGUGGAGCCGUCGGUUCCCGGCCACAGGUCCUCGCCUGGCGGUGGCUGGCAGUGAGCUCAAGGAGGAAGCCACAGGCUUUAUGUCCUGAUCUUGGACGUCACACUGUUCAUUGGGUGUCAGGAAGCGAUAUGCGUUCAGGGAGAGGACAGGAUCUUUGCUCCGAGAAGGCAGCAGUAGCCAGCUUUGAACAUCAGUACAGGCAAUUCUGUGUUGGGAGUUAGCCAGCCUUCUCUGGGCUCCCUAAUGUGAACUGGGGUGCGUCUCUGCCUUCUUGAGCCCUGUAACAACAAGGUCUGGAGUGGACGGCAGCUGGAAGUCCAGCCUGCAGAGCUGUGGAUGGAGGCCUGAGUUCUUGAGACCAAGUGCUUGACGUGCUAUGAGCCACCACGACCCCUGGGCUUGGUUCCCUUGGGAAGUGGUAGGUGCGCAUGAUCUCAAGGCGCGCCUGAGAUUCUCUGAGUUGCUGACUCAGAACCAACCCGCUUUUUAAUAAAAGCCUGAGUGGAUGCUACUGGACACUCAAGUUUGAGGAACAACGGACCACAAUAAGCAGUAAGCAGUUGGAAGUCAACUGUGGUAUUCCAGAGCCCAGCUCACAAUGCCACAAGUCAGCUGUUACCACUGGAUCCUGGCCAAGCUUAUGGUCAAGAUGGACUUCAGGCGUUCUAGAGCUGGAUCCACUGAAGAUGGGUUGGCCACAGGCUGGAUGGAGCCCCAGUGUGAGAUGUAAAGAUGGACUGUUGGCAUUCUGGAUCAAGACAGAGACCCUUGGGAACCUUGGAUAUUUUCUGGACUCCCACCCUGGUUCUAGAGCCCAGGUUUUGCUGAAUGGAGGGUGAUACUGCGUUGGAGAGCAGGUGGGAGUGAGGAAUGGACCCAAGACUUCGAGAAUCCUGUGGUGACUUGGAUUGAGUCUGGGUCGCACUCGUGUUCCAGUGGUGUCCUGUAGCACUUUGGGGGUACAGCCUCAGGCAGUUGGUGGUGUGGACUGAGACAUCACAUCCGUACCAAAAAGUUCCAGGCUGGUCAUUGUCCCAGGCCACAGGUCUGGGAUGGAAACUGGACUUUGUUCCAAAGAUUGGUGGGGCAGUAUCAUCCUCCUUGGUGGAAGAAUAACUGAGGUUGGCCUUAGAGAUCCAAUUAUUGCCCAAAUUGGUAUCCAGUUCCAACACUAACUGGGGAACUGAGUCACAGCCCACCUUGUCAGUUUUAUCAUUUGCAAAGUGGGCUUUUGGCAAGGUGGAGGAAAACCCGAUGCUUUAGCUCCUGUUGCUCAAAGCAGGCCAAUCAAAAGACUUGGAGGGGGUGAAAGAGAUGAGGAGACAAAGAUGGGCAGUGAGCAGACCAGAGUGAUUUAGGGUCACUGGGUGGCCGAGGCCAGGGGUGGGAGCAAAAGUAAGGACAUCCUGGCCAAGAAGGCCCAGUUGGACAUUGCAGGGGUCCAUCAGCGGCUGGCUCGGGGUAAGAGAAGUCUGCACAGCACCCCACUUGGGCUUGUUGAGUUCCUCACUGGGCUGGGGCAAAGG